ACUUGUUCAACAGAAAUUCCAUUGCGAUCUCGGAGAAAUGCAGCGGACGCGGCCUGGUUCGAACUGAAAUGCAGUCCAACUCGCUGCCUUUCUCUCUGAUUCCACUCGCGUUGUUCAAUGGCGUUGAAUUGAGCGAAGGCGGGUUUGAGCUUUCCAGGUAUUUGUUCUUGGGCUCCCUGCUCUUCUCAUCCCCAGGCGGCGGUGCCGGAGACAUGGACUUGACUAAGGUCGGAGAGAAGAUCCUCAGUUCCGUUCGCUCUGCCCGAUCCCUUGGCCUUCUCCCAGCUCCGCCUUCAGAUCGCCCUGAGGUAGUAUGAUUCAUGCACGCUGGUGAAUUUCAGCUGCAAUUUCUUCUUGUUUAUAAUUGGUCCAUUUGGACAACCCUUUCUUGAGCUGGGAACAAGGAGAAGAGUGGAAGUACGGGAAACCAUUUGGUCUUAAUUGAUCAAGUGACAACUGGGAGGGUGAUUGGGGGGACGGAAUGAGAUGAAAUUGUUGGACAAUGCAUAAUAACUUCUAGUCCUGUGU